AUGUGGCUGUUAGGACUCCCGUAUAUCGAGAGAUCCUUCACCGAGACAGGAGCCGAAUUUCAAAAGGGUAUGCUAGGCAGUGCUCCACUUAAAGAAGUACACGAGUACGUGAGAAUGGAAACCAACCUCAAUAGAACCCUCACAGUCCUUGAAUAUGAUUCUGCCUUUCUGAACCGGGCUAGUAUAACGCUGCAAGAGGAUGUUUUCAAAAUGCUGGAUAAAGGGCAGUCAGUGGCCAGAGCUCUUCAGACCAAAAUCAAUAACAGCAUUUCCAAAGGGUUACUGCAGUCGGAGAAAUUCGCUGCAGCUAAUCGCCGCCGAAAUGCUGCCCGAUAUGGGUUCGAAUUCAAAGAGCUUUGGGAUGCAGAGGAGGUCACACUCACGGCAAAAGGGUAUAUCUCACUAAGUACAGGAAUUCCUGCUUUCCCCUUUUGGGACGAAAUUCAUUCGGAGUUAUAUCGUUGUUGA